AUGCUCGCCCCAGCUUUGCGGAGGAUUGUCCAGCCAGCAUGCGCCGCCUGCUCUACUCCUACGCAAUCUGUUAGCCGCGCAACAGGCCUUACCAUCACCGCUACUACGCAAGCUCUUACCCAUCGGCCACUCCACCAGCGCCGACACUCAUCUUCGAAGGCCUCCUCACCUCCAGAUGAGGAUUCUAAAGCAGUCCCGGGUCCCAGUCAGCCUGCGAAGAGCUCAGCCUCGGGCAAGACGACAGUAAAGAGUUCUGCUGGUCGCGGUCGACCCAGAAAGGCUCUUUCGCCGUCUCACAACAUCCCCAAAGUCCCGUCAACGACACACUUGGAGAGAAUUGAUGUGCACACGUCAUCGUGCUUCGCCAUGCACCGACCGAUAUCGGUGACGACGCCUUUCCCUCCUGCAUCUUCCCUCGAAUCUUUCAAUUCUCUAUUCGACGCGAAACCAACCAAUUUUUCUGACGUAAUAUAUACCCUCAACGACGUCGUGGAAUCGCUAGAAGCUGCGGGCCAGUUCAAGGAAGAAGUGGACCUACGUGAACCUCAGAUGCAAGCAUAUGGCCCCAGUGGGGCACAUAUGGGAGCGCCUCUGACUACUGCUGAACUGGAACAACUGCUUGUGCAAUGUGUCCCGUUUCGGCCACCACCUCCGCCUGUUCCAGUAGAAGUGCCCCAUAAGGCCAAGAGCGCAUCUCGAGUACAACCUGCGCUGCGAGGUCCUCCCAAGCAAAAGUCAUGGAGCGUCAACGUUAAUGUGACUGAGUCGACAGACUCUGCUGGACGACGAACAUGGACUUUCGCGGCAUCUGAGCCAAAAGCAGUCGAUGGCGUCGAUCCCGUUACAGAAUCGUCCGCAGCCACUGACACUACGCAUUCACGCAGAGUUGCCAAUCAGCCAUUUCUUCGACGUAUGUAUGCUCGCUCCCAAGAUAGACAAGCAUAUCUCCAGACUCUGGGCUUGAGACUAAGGCCUAAGAUGCAUCUCAUCAGCGUGAAGCGGCAACGAAAGAUCAAGAUGAAGAAGCACAAGUACAAGAAGCUUAGAAAGCGCACGAGAAUUGAGCGACUGAAGCUUGCUGCGCGGCAUUGA